UUUUAAUAAUGGAAGUCAUCUGUCAAGAGUGUAAGAAAGUCCUAAAAUCAACAGCAAAAGGCGAAGAUCUCUCGGUCUAUUCAAUUUCUCGAGAGAUCUACAAUCCCACCAUUGGUUCCAUUGCUUCAUCGAUUAACAUAAAAUUGAAGGAAGAGAGCGAUAUUACUGAAAGUUUAAAGGAAGGAGAGAGCCGACUGAGCAACUACAGGGAUUGUGACCUAGCCGAAAGUUAUAAUUUCUGACAAGCUUGUUACUACAAACUCCUGCUCACAUUUGAGAGUGCCACUCAUCUACUAGAAAAGGAACGGGAUAUAUACAUGGAGAAUCUCCAAAAAGUCCAGCAAGAGAAGUCCAAGAUUGAUGCUGAGAAGGAUGAGAACCAAGAGAAAGUACUUACAACGAAGAAGGAAGAGCUAGAAUCCGAACUUGCGGCUCUUAUCGAAGAAGAGAAGAUCCUGGAUGAGGAAACCAAGCAACUUGAAGAAGAAGAGGCUGCUAUUACUGUUAAGGAGCAAGAAUAUUGGGAGAAAGAGAAUGAAUAUGAGUAUAAACUCAAAAAUCACCUUGAGAGUAAUGCACAGAUGAAGAAUCAAUGGAAGAGUCACUUCUCAGGCCUGACUAAACAUUAUGAUUAUUUGAAAUAAACUUAAUGUCCUUAAUGAUGUUUUUAGCAUCAAUAUUGAAGGAGAGUUCGGUACUAUUAGUGGGUUCAGACUCGGAACUCUUGGCAGUAAAGGGAAUGAAGUCGAAAAUGAGGAGAUAAAUGGUGCUAUAGGCCAGUGUAUCUUACUUGUGUCUACAAUCGCUCUUAAAACAGAGUUUACAUUCUCUAAUAUUGAUCUAAAGCCAAUGGGUUGCUAUUCGAAAAUAUCAUACUUGAAUGAAGGAGGGAAGAAAUGUACCUACUCCUUUUCAUUUUAUAACAAAACAAGUUUUAACACCGGAAUGCAGGUGUUUGUGAAAGCAGUCAAUCUUUUGGGACAGCACUUCCAGAAGAAGUUUAACCACAUAAAAGGAAAGGUCAAAUUGGAGAGCUUCAAAGCUCUCAGUCUGGAUCGGUUCAGGUUUAAUUCUGACCAUCUUGAGGAAUGGACAAAUGCAUGUAAGGAGCUCUUGAAAGUUCUCAAAUGGUUCAUCUAUAUGUCCCAAGUUGAGGACAGGAUCAGACAGGAGAAUACCAAGAAUAAUUAA